GAAAACCUACUCCUGCAGCCCUUGGCUUGAAGAGUGUAGAUUCGUCUCGGGUACUUCAAAUAGGCUAAAUUUUGAUAGCUCUUCCUCUUUGAGCACAUUACUGAGGUCUACUGUAGAAAUUAAUGGAAAAAAUCAUUUAAAUAAAUAGUUCGUAGUCCGAAGAUAAUUGCGUUAAUUCCUUGAUUGUUUAUUUUUUGUGAGCAGAUCCAUGAUGUAGUGACGCAACCGGGGUGGUCCAAGAGGGAAAAUGAUCAAAAAGAAUCGGAAAGCUGACGGUGGAACGGCGAAAAUGUCCAGUAAGAGGCUUAAAGAGGUUGAGGAGCUCGUCCUACCCGCGAGCAAAUUGAAAUUCUGCAGCGAGCAGUUGCAAAAUUUGAAUUUUAUCUUCACCAAGAAGCUGGAUGAAGAAUACGACCCGGAGUACUCAAAAGCAGUGUCCCUGGCCAAAUCCAUUACUGAAAGACUGAUUCAACGGCUACUCUGCGGUGUUGGAAUGAUGGAGCCACGAUUCGCAAGCAAAUUUUUGGUUACCUUGCACGACGAUAGUGUCUUCAACGAAGAACUGGAUUACUUAGUCCGUCUCGACUCGCUGUCCACGCCCAAGCUGCACCCGACGGAGUAUUCUCCCAAAUACACCAUCGUCGAGGGUAACAGUGGAAAUCGGCUGGCAGGUUACGCGCAAGUUCGUCUACACCAACCCUACUGUGUGGAUUGGCAGGAGUUCGUUAAUCCCAAAGGAUACCUUCGGAGAGACAAGGUGCAGGCGAAAUUGGUGGAGCUUUUGAGUGUGGCGGCAUCGACCGACGUUCCGGAUUCGCCACUAACGGUGGACGAGUCGCUGGUUUGCGGUUCUCCGGGGAAAAUUAUGGAUGCGCUCACUUUGCACCAGGUGCUCCACAUCCCAUCCGAAAAGCACGUGUUUUAUGGACCAUCUGGAAAAACGCCCCGAUUUCCCAACCCUCGCGACUUUAAAUUGGCGAUAGUCGACGAUCCCAGUGGAAUACGCAUUCGCGUCGGUUUCCAUUCGCCGGCUCUAUCGUCCAUUUGCAUCGACGUUCGGUUACUCGUCGCCAUCGGUUUUGACGCUUGGCCGUCCAGCUCGAACUUUCCGGUUCGUGUUCCACUAGGACACUCAGAUUGUGUUUUGUAUUACAAAGCAGCACAAACGGGACUGUACCUGGUCGGAUAUGGGGUUCAAUCAAUCGGCUGGCAAAUAAGGUUACCCGCGGCAGAAUGCACACUGGAGAGCAACUACAGUCCAAAUAGUACAGUGAGGCGAAUUUUUCUGAUACUCUCCUCCGUCUUACGCGAAAUCAACGAAGAUCACCGCCGAUACCAGAUUUCCCAUAGAAUUCUCAACACCUACUCACUCCGAUCGGCGCUCUUCUCGCACCUCGAAGACGACCUAUCAACCCCCACGAAGGUCACCCUGAAUUGGUCACCGAAAUAUCUCUCCACGCACGUUCUGACCGUUUUGGACCUCCUAGUGAUGACUUUGCGCAAACAAAGACAGCCGAAUUACUUUUUCCCCGACGCCAACAUUCUCGUAAAUCCCGGCCACUUGUGCGAGGACGACUACGCGAUCGAAUCAAACCGAGUUAAGGCGAUCAUGCUGAGAUUCUUCGACGAAUCACUGACGUCGUUACGACGCAACGUUAACUUCACCCAAUUUUUGACCGAUCAGCAAAUCGAAAUGGCACUGCUCAACAGAUGGAAGGAACUAAUCGACGGACUCACGCCGCCUCCCUCGACGAGAGGUAGACGAAUUUGCUUCGCCGGCUCGAAACUCCGCAGAGACGUCGUCUUUACCCAGUACUCCACCAGGCAACUGGAGUACAUCGGGUUAACCUUAAAGCACCUGCUUUUGGUGAGGCAAAACACUUUGUUGUUUGGCGAUGAGCUGUACUGGGCCGAGCACUUAAACUUAUUCAACUUACAGGAGGAUUCGGUUGAAGAUGUUAUUUACAUAUUGGUAACUGUGAUCGAGCAGGCGCGCGAUAGGUACUUAGAUUGUCUUCCAGAAGCGAUCUCUCGCGAGCUAGAUAAGGCAAGACUAAGGAGGCAAAUUGAUAUUUCCACCUCCAAGCUGGUGGAACAGGUGAGAAAGGAGAGGGAGGUUGCUAACAAGGGAUACGUCGACGACACCACGCUGGUUAAAACAAUACUGAGAUGGCUGUACAAAGGGUUGGAUUACAAGAAGUACCUGGCGCCUGUUUUGCGUCCGUACUUGAGGGUGGUUUUUCUAGCAUCUCACGGCGCCUCGUGGCAUUUGGAGGCGAUUAGGAACGAGGAGUUUUACAACGAAAUUAGAGCUUUGGGGGUCUUUGCCAAAUUAGUUAAUCUCGGUAGGAUAACGCCUGCCCAGGGUUUGGUGGACGCGGUCGCCAAGAACUGGAGUUGGGCCAAAAGCAUGCUGAAGACGAUUGAAGCUGAAAAUUUAAGGCUGAUUUUUGUGUCUGGCAGCCGCAAAUCGUGUAGACACAUACUGGCCUUGCCUUCUAGGCCCAAUUCGAACCGGUCCAAGCUGUGCUAUUCCCACGACCAGACGACAAUGGGAUCGAAAGACUCCUCCAAUCCUAUUUUACUGAAACUUAGAUCAAAAGGUGAGAAACCAAGCGUGGACGACAGUUUUCAACCUCCUCACCACGUGCUGAAGAAUUUGUCACCAUUAAAUCAAACGACUAAAUACUUCCGGAGAAUGGGAGAGUAUCGCUGCCUAGGCAAUAUAUUUGAGACGAUUAUUGCAAUGAAAAAGUUAAAUAUCCUCCAAGAGGUAUCCGCACUACUGCCCGACGAGGAAGAUCGAUUGGAAACCCUAGAAGCAAUUCAAAAACUAACAAACGAGAAAGCAAAGCAAACAUUCAAUAACAAGAAAUGUAAUGCAUUUGUACAGCUCUCGAACUCAAAACGGAAAAUAAAUCCCGAAAGGCCUUCGGAAAAUCGGCAGAGAUACACGCCGAAGGAGGAGAGCGCCGGCAUUCGAGAGGUAAUCGCAAUUGACUCGGCCGCGGGCCCGGAAGAAAAACGAUUAAUAAAUGUGGAUAGAUUAGGUAUUGAAAAGGGGUUGAAACGCGAUAAGGGAACACUUAUUGGAAGUUGUCGUGCUGCUCGUAUUCGCGAGGAUACGAGCGUCGAAGAUUAUUUUAAAGUGCAGCCUCUUAAAGGACGAUCUAGUUUUAAGUAUUGAUCUGUUACACGUAGGACGAUAGUUAUUUUUUAUUUCCAUGUAACGUUUUAUGAAUCAUAGCAUCGUUUAGUUUAUUAUUAUCUUUUGUGAUAGCCUUAAUAAUGUGGGAUUGGUAGUAAA